ACAUCUGCGCAUCCCUAUCCUCUACUCCGAUCCCCCGCCCGGCCGCCCGCCUUCGCAUCCGGCAUCCCCCACCUCGCCCUCUCCCCUCUCUCUAAAGUCUAAACCCACGCCCGCCGCCGCCGCCGCAAGGGGGGCGCCCGACGCCGGCGCGAUGGCCAUGCGGGUGGUGCGGAACCUGGACCUGGAGCGGUACGCGGGGCGGUGGUACGAGAUCGCGUGCUUCCCGUCCACGUUCCAGCCCAAGACGGGCACCAACACGCGCGCCACCUACGCGCUCAACCCGGACGGCACCGUGCGGGUGCUCAACGAGACGUGGACCGACGGCCGCCGCGGCCACAUCGAGGGCACGGCGUGGCGCGCCGACCCGGCCGGCGACGAGGCCAAGCUCCGGGUCCGCUUCUUCGUGCCGCCCUUCCUCCCCGUCUUCCCCGUCACCGGCGACUACUGGGUGCUCCACGUCGACGCCGACUACCAGUACGCGCUCGUCGGCCAGCCCUCCAGGAAGUACCUCUGGAUCCUGUGCAGGCAGCCGCACAUGGACGAGGCCGUGUACAGCGAGCUGGUGGAGCGGGCCAAGGAGGAGGGGUACGACGUGUCGAAGCUCCGCAAGACGGCGCACCCGGACCCGCCGCCGGAGAGCGAGGAGAGCCCCAGGGACGGCGGGAUGUGGUGGCUCAAGUCCCUCUUUGGCAAGUAGAGGGCGCUGCUUCUGCCUGCGGCUGCGCCGAUCGAGCAGACGGGCGGCGUUCGUAGUCCGGUGUCUACUGCUAGCUACUGCCGUUUUACCGCGUGUACACUCAGUACUACUACUUCGGGAUGAAGAGAUCAAGUUCGUUCCUUGUUAUGGAUGCUGCUGCGAUCUGCGAAUGGCGAACCUGUGUUUUGUUUGGUCGGUGUUUACCCGUUUUGAAAUGAACUUGGACUCGGAGUCAAUAGCAUUUCUGUGGUUAUGUCCUGAACUUAAAUGGAAUGGAUUCAUUCCAAUUUGUGAAAAUGGAGCCGCUCCGUUGUACGUUUGGUAA